AUGUUAACCUCUCUCUGCCGUUUAGAAUUUGAGCGUACGCACUAUCCAGACGUCUUUGCUCGUGAGAGCUUGGCUAUUCGUGUUUGUCUGCCUGAAACCCGAAUCCAAGUCUGGUUCUCGAACCGUCGCGCAAAGUGGCGUCGAGAAGAGAAGCUGCGCAAUCAUCAGCACAGAUCAGCGUCAAAUGCACGCAAAGAGAUGAGCCAGUCAAGCCGACAGACUGAUUUCGUCGGGCAGCUAGGAAUGGCCAAAUCGCCGGCUUUAGCCUGUCCCGAUAUUCCACAUUGCCAUGGCGACAGAGGCAUUGGUGUCGGUGUUCAAAUAGCUGUCAUCUCUGAUGAGGGGAAAAGUGGAGAAGAAAGUGCCGCAGGCAAUGGGGAAAUUGGUAUUGGCGGUGGCGAGUGUGAAGAAGACAUUUCAGCUGUUGCGACCGACCACAAAACGUUGUCCCGUUUGGCUAACGACGAACCGCGGCUCUUGUGCGAAAUGAACGAUCCAGGCGCGCUGAGGAACUACGCCGGCUGCUUUGGAAUCGAGUGCACACAGGCUUUGGCCUACGUCGGUCUGACGACGGGAACAAAACUGUGUAAUCUAGAUCAUGAGGAGGAGGAUGAAGAUCAGCAACAGCAUCAUUCGAUCCACAUUCACGCUCGCGAGAACUCACCAGCCCUAGGGCUGUCCAAGGCGGGU